ACCGUUAUCGAGUGCUUAAACACACAAUGACAGAUAAAUGAGUGAUAUCGGGUUACCGUGCUAGAUAUCCCACAAAUUAAGUUUAUUCGAUUCUGAAAGUUAAUUCAGCAAUAUGUCUGUGCGACCUUUGCCUCCAGUGCUUGCAGAAAAGGCUCGAAAAGAGCUUAAUGAAGACCCUCAGAGGCUUCCCAAUGACUUACAACAUAUAAAGGAUUGGAUAGCCAAGCAGCCGCAUCUUAAAGCAAGAACCGACGAUCAAUGGCUGACUACAUUUUUACGAGCCUGCAAAUUUAGUUUGGAACGGGCAAAAGAAAAAAUUGACUUAUACUAUUCGGUUCGUACUACGGCACCAGAUUUCUUUCAGCUUACGCCAAAAAACCCGCGAUUUUGGGAAAUUUUGGAGACUGGGUCUUUUCUUCCUUUGCCAAAAGUUGCCGCUCCUGGUUCUCCUAAGGUAUCAAUUAUCAGACCGGGAAGAUAUGAUCCCGACAAAUUCUCAAUAUCGGAAGUGAUGUCAGUUUCCAAUACGAUAGAAAAGAUUAUGUAUUUGGAAGAUGAUGAUGCUGUCGUAUCAGGGGUAAUGGGCGUACUUGACUUAGAAGGAGUUACUAUGGGACAUUUCUUACAAAUGACCCCACUACAAAUGAAAAAGAUGGCGGUUGUGAGCCAGGAUGCGACACCAUUCCGUAUGAAAGGAGUUCACUAUUUGAAUACGCCAACAGGGUUUGAGACUAUUUUUAACGCAAUGAAAGCACUCCUCAAUGAAAAAAAUAAAAGCAGAUUAUAUGUCCAUAAUAAAAACUAUGAUGCGAUGUACGAACAUAUCCCAAAACAUAUGUUAACAGCAGAGUAUGGCGGUAACGCGGGAACUGAAAAGGACAUUAUAGAUUACUGGAAGAAGAAGGUCCAAGAAUACAGUGAAUGGUUAGAAGAAGAUAUUCAGUAUCGCACUGACGAAUCCAAGAGAGCCGGAAAAGCAAAAACAGCUGAAAGACCAAAUGUUACUCUACUUUUGACGAUGCCUGUUCGACCUUUGUCUCCGGUAUUGGCGGAAAAAGCACGUUUGGAACUAAACGAAGACCCUAAAAAACUUGAAGAUGGAAUACAAUAUCUCAAGGAAUGGAUUGCUAAGCAGCCACACUUACGCGCCAGAACCGAUGAUCAAUGGUUGGCUACAUUUCUGAGGGGAUGCAAAUUUAGUCUUGAGCGAGCAAAGGAGAAAAUCGAUCUAAAUUACUCUUUGAGGAGCACUGCCCCCGAACUUUAUAGUAUAAACCACAGAAAUCCUAAGUUUAAGGAGAUUUUGAAUUUAGGCUGCGGUCUCGUUUUACCCAAAUCACUGAAGCCCACCGAUCAAAGAGUAGUAUUAAUCAGGCCCGGUGCAUAUGAUCCUGCCAAAUAUUCUCUUACUGACGUUAUGUCAGUUAUGGGUAUUAUAAUGCGGAUAAUGUAUGUAGAAGAUGAUGCGUUUGUGGUGUGCGGCGGCGUGAAUAUAAUGGAUCUACAGGGAGCGACUAUGGCUCACGCCGCACAGGCCUCGCCGGCUAUGAUGAAGAAAAUGGCUGUUGUUGGCCAGGAUGCUUCUCCUACUCGCAUAAAAGGUGCUCAUUAUAUAAACACACCUCCGGGAUUCGAAACUAUUCUCAACAUCGGUAAAUCAUUCCUCAAUGAAAAAAACCGAAACAGGUUGCACGUGCAUAAUAAAGAUUUUGAAUCGCUGUAUAAGCACGUGCCUCGAGAGGUUCUACCCGCGGAGUACGGAGGACACGGAGGCACUUUCCAGGAAAUUAUAGAUUACUGGCAGAGGAAGGUCGAAGAGUACAGCAACUGGCUCGAUGAGGACCUGAAGUACGGCACGGACGAGGACAAGCGGCCCGGGAAUCCCAAAACAGCCCAGGACAUGUUCGGCAUCGAUGGAUCCUUCAGACAAUUGGAAUUCGAUUAA